AUGAAUGAUCGCAGGUGUUUCGAGUCACUAGAUAAAGCUCUUCGAGAUAUUACAAACAACAAACACUCACCUUUUGGCGGUAAAUCAAUCUUGCUAGGAGGCGACUUUAGACAGACAUUACCUAUAAAACCGAAGGCAUCAAAAUCUGAAAUCAUAGCCUUAUGCAUUACAAGAUCUUAUCUUUGGCGAUUUUUCAAGAUAUUCACGCUUACCCAAAAUAUGCGUCUCGCAUUCGCAGCUGAAGACACCUCAUGGUUCUGUAAAUGGUUGUUGGAUAUUGGUGAUGGAAAAGUCGGAAAAGUGAAAGAACAAUGCAACGAUGUCAAGAUAAUUGAUAUUUCUGACCAACUGAUUAUCCGCCAGUCCCAUCUGCACUAUCUGAACUCAUAG